AAAAGCCCCUGAACCGCACCACACACCCAAAAGUAUCUGGACACCCGUCUUUCCAGCCAGAUGUGCUUCGUCUCUUCCCUGUGAAGAAAGCCAGCUACAUGAAGAUCUGCUCUACAUGGUUUGGAAGAUCUCCUGCUACACCUUGUUGGAGUGAAUGUUCUACAUGUCGUACUUUGAACACAGGACUCUGCUCUUCAUCCUGACUGCAUCCAGAACCUUACAGCGUCCUGCCUGACCUACAGUUUGGUGCUGGAACUAGUUGAAGAUGCCACCACUGAGACACUCCACUCCCUUUAUCAGUAGACCUGAUGGUGAACAGGUUCUAUCAGAGAACAGCUGUGGACUGAUCAUGAGCACUUCUCACUUCUUCGUGUAUAAACAGAGCAACUUUUACAUUCAAAAGAAUCCGGACAUGAAAACCGGAAGUUGCUCAGAUCUUGGCGCUGUGGUGGAUCUACAAGGACGGAGGAGAGAUGAGCUUCUGAUCCCAGACACCUGGAGCUCCACGCGAGGCUGCAGCUCGUUGUCGGGACACGCUCCUCCGACAUCGGCUCCUGGAGGUUUAGCUUUAGCAGCGCAGCUAACUCGCGGACAGGGGGGUGAAUCCUACACGGUCUGGCGCGGGAUUCGGUUGUUUUGGAAAAGUCCAGAAGCGCUUCAGGAGAACAGGAGAAGCAGCUGCUGCUCUCACUGCGGUUCAGCUUCUCCUCAGACUGCGGUGUGGUGUCCAUCAAAACCCCCAGGAGACACCCCUGUGCCCACCAGAACCCCCAGGAGACACCCCUGUGUCCACCAAAACCCCCAGGAGACACCCCUGUGUCCACCAGAACCCCCAGGAGACACCCCUGUGCCCAUCAGAACCCCCAGGAGACACCCCUGUGCCCACCAGAACCCCCAGGAGACACCCCUGUGUCCACCAAAACCCCCAGGAGACACUCCUGUGUCAAUCAAAACCCCCAGGAGACACCCCUGUGUCCACCGAAACCCCCAGGAGACACCCCUGUGUCCACCGAAACCACCAGGAGACACCCCAUUGUCCUGACUGAGACACAGGAGAAAGGAGAGGAGAAGAAUGAGCAGCCCUCAGUGCAGUAAUGAGGUGGGCACACCCGGGAGCAGCGAGAUGUUCCAGGAACUGCUGCAGCGCCUCAGAGACUGCCAUGAUCACACUAUACAAGAGCUGCAGUUGAAGGUGAACAAACUGAAGAAGGAGCGCUGUUUUGAUGCCCAAAGACUGGAGGAGUUCUAUAAAAAGAAUCAGCAGUUACGUGAUCAGCAGAGAACACUGCAGGAAUCCAUCAAAGUCUUGAAGGAAAGACUGCAGUCUGGACCUUGUGAUCGCUGCAAGGAAACCGAAAAGCAGCUGAAAAAAAAUCAAGCGCCGUUUGAACAUCUGCUCAUCAACGAGCUCCAGUCUGAAAAAAAUCUGCUUAAGGAAGAGAUCAGGAAGCUCAGACUUCUGCGAGAGCAAUCACAUGGACAAAUUUCCCAUCAGACCUCCUUCUCAGAGCCAGAAGAAGGCGUGAUCCCGGAUUCACCAAAGCAGCCGUUGUCCUUUCCUGUAGUCAACAAGAUGAAGCGCAAGAGAGAUCAGAGCAACAUCCGCUACGCUGAAAAACGACCGUCUCCACCACUUCCUGACCCUCAGAGGAGAACCUUGGGCUACGCCGGAGCUGUGCUGGUUCCCGAGACGUGUGAUCUGGAUGUAACCUUCAUCCCGAAGAGCGACACCAAGCGUCAUGGCAGAACCGUGGUUCCAGAAAGCUGCCGUUUGGACCUGAAUUCUCAGCAGAUGUCCGAGAGUGAUGACGAAGACGAAGGUAAGGAGAAGGCAAGGAAUUUCACCAGCAGUUGUCCCGAAGCUGAGGAGCAGAACGCAGAGAAGAAUCGCGAUCGACCCGAGUCUUCUCAGAGACCGCCUAAACACCCCGAGCAGGAGUCAAGCGGAAGAAGAAGCUGGGAGAAGGAUCGAACCAUGAAUGAAGCUCCUCGUACGAGUCCACCUUCUCCGAACUCCAAGAGUUCUUCACUGAGCCAGAAUCUGAGUCCAAACGAUGAGAGCUGGAGCAUGGACCCAGGAGCUGCUCUGUCCCAGUAUAACACUAACGCCCCUCCUCACCCACAGCCCAUAAUAAUACAGGCUGAGACUGUAGACCUGGACUGUACAUAUGUGAGUCAUAGUUUAUUAGUAGCUCACCAACGACAGACUCAACUAAAGCAGACAAACUGCACCACAGGAAUUGGGCAGAAGGCUAACGACAGCUUAGCACAUAUCUUCGAUACCACUGGCCACGAGGAGUACGAGUCCUGCCCUCAGUCCUGUCUCAUGGGGGAGGAGAAUGAAGAAGAGGAGGAAUGUGAAGAACAGGACAUGGGACGAGGAGAUGAAGUGACAGAGGAAGCAAAGUGUUUGGAUGAAGUCCACCCUGAUGGAGAUGCUGGUGAGAGCGCUCGGGACCGGUCGGUUGCUCACGUGGUGGUCGUACGCAAGAAAGCGGAACGAAGGAAGCUUCAUGGGCACACGUGCAAAGAGUGUGAGAUAUAUUAUGCCGAUCUCCCCGAGGACGAGAGACGGAAGAAACUGUCGUCCUGCUCGAGGCAUCGUUAUCGUUACAUCCCUCCUUCCACCCCGGAGAACUUCUGGGACGUGGGCUUCCCUUCCACACAGACUUGCGUCGAGAGAGGAUACAUCAAAGAAGACAACCAGGUAGAUCCACGUUCAAGGAGGAGGAGACCGUACCACGCGAUGUUCUCACCAAAAGCUUUGUAGAACCACCGUACAUAUAACACACACACACACACACACCUCAUCCAUCGUUCAUUCACGUGUGAGGAGGACGUUACAGCUCUAUAAAAGACCAAGAGAAAGAUCAUUAUUUUGAUUUCUAAUCAUUUUGUGUUCGUGUAUGAUGCAGGUUCUACAUCAAAAACGGUAAAUCUUUGAUUCAUAAUUGUGGAAAUAAACAAAUGAUUGAACGCA